AUGCGUAAUCCUUCAAUUCUGUCUGCUCCAGAACCGAAUGAGAAACUUUUUCUAUAUCUCGGGGUGUCUAGUAUAGCAACCAGUGCUGUUCUGAUCCGUUGCAAAGAGGGCAAGCAGUUCGCGGUGUUUUAUGUUAGCAAGACGAUGUCUGAAUCGGAGAGGAGGUACUCUAGGGCCGAACGAAUGAUCUUGUCGCUGGUCAACGCAAAAAGGAAGCUUAGACACUAUUUUGAAUCUCAUCCAAUCAUCGUUUUAACAACUUUCCCUUUGAGAAUGAUCCUGCACAAACCGGACCUGUCGGGGAGAAUGACCAAGUGGGCCAUUGAAUUGAGUUCAUUUGAUAUCGCGUACGAGCCCAGGAUGGCAAUCAAAGGUCAAGCGGUGGCGAAUUUCCUACUUGACUGUGAUGCUGAAGAUACGGUGGAGGAUUGUAAUUGUUCUUGGUGGAAGCUUUUCGUGGACGUCUCCUCGAAUCAAAUGGGGGUUGGGAUUGGAAUUCAAUUGCAAACACCAAAAGGAACUACGCUGAGCCAAGCGAUAAGACUAAAGUUCAGCGCGACCAACAAUGAGGCAGAAUACGAGGCGUUGAUAGCUGGGCUAAAGUUGGCUAAGGAAUUGAAGAUCAAGAAUCUGAUGGCUUAUAGUGAUUCACAGUUAAUCAUUCGACAAGUCAAUGGGGACUAUGGGGCCAAGGAUGAGACUAUGGAAGCAUACCGCACUGUGGUUCUGCGUGAGGCGAAAGCCUUUGAUCAGAUCAGGUUUAUCCAACUGCCGAGAGAGUAUAACGAAGAUGCCGAUCGCUUGGCUUGUAGUGCAUCCAGUUCUGGAGAUACUUUAGCUAGGGUCAUCCCGGUCGACAUACUGAUCCAACCUUCCAUUUUUGAAGAACUGCCUGAUCCGAGCACUCAACAUGUUAAUGUUAUACCAUAUGAGCGGAACUGGAUUGAUCCAAUCAUGGCUUACAUACGUAGUGGUACACUCCCCGAGCGUAAGGACGAGGCAAGAAGAGUUAGGUCCAGUGCAGCAAAGUAUGCCAUUGUGCAUGAUCAGUUAUAUAGACGCUCCUUCUCGGGUCCAUAUUUGAAGUGUGCUACCCCUACAGAGGCUAGACAGAUUAUGCGAACCAUUCAUGAGGGAGUAUGCGGAAAUCACUCCGGAGGAAGAUCUUUAGCACACAAAGUAAUGACACAGGGGUACUUCUGGCCAAACAUGGCAUGA